AUGGACUUACCGGAGAAAUGGCCGGUGGAAAGUCUGGUCGAUGGAGCUAAACUCGGUGUUCGCAUGACCGGAGACUUAGAGUUCCGUGAAGCAGAAAUUUUAUCGAUACGUAUCACGCCGGAGCAGAAAUACAGAUUUUAUGUUCAUUACAUUGACUGUAAUCGACGACUCGAUGAGUGGGUUGAUGAAUCGGCGUUGGAUCUUACAAACGUCCGCUUCCCACAAAAGGGUGGAAAAGCUCCAAAAGUACAAGUCGACACGGCUAGCAGUUCGCAUACGUCGUCUCCGGAUCGUGAGGUACCUAAAAAAGGCUCGACACGAAAGAGGAAAGUGAUUGGUGAUGCGUCGGAAGUUGUCAAAGUAGAAGAAGCACCUGUGGUACCACGUCCUCCAUCACCAUUCCAAGCAGAUAUUAAGGCACCAACACAGCGUGGUUCGAUGUCGAUUAUUGGACAUAGUGAGGAUGCGUUAACACGGAUUCGAAACAUUGAAAUGAUCGAAUUAGGACGUUAUCGUAUACAGCCGUGGUAUUUCUCACCCUAUCCACAGGAACUCACUACACUUCCUUGCAUUUAUCUUUGCGAGUUUUGCUUAAAAUUCGUCAAAAGUGCCACUUGUCUAAAGCGACAUAUGAUGAAGUGUCAUUUAAAGCAUCCACCAGGCAAUGAAAUAUAUCGUUCCGACAAAUUAUCUUUUUUCGAAAUUGAUGGAAGGAAGAACAAAAUUUACGCACAGAAUCUCUGUCUCUUGGCGAAGCUCUUUUUGGAUCACAAGACGCUCUAUUAUGACACCGAUCCCUUUCUCUUCUAUAUCUUAACUGAACAGGAUGAUCGUGGCUUUCAUAUUGUUGGAUACUUCUCAAAGGAAAAAGAAUCAGCAGAAGAAUAUAAUGUAGCAUGUAUAUUAGUUUUACCUCCUUAUCAGAAAAAAGGUUACGGGCGACUUUUAAUUGAAUUCAGCUAUGAACUUUCAAAAUGUGAAGGGAAAACUGGAUCACCUGAAAAGCCGCUGUCUGAUUUAGGAUUGUUGUCUUAUCGUAGUUUUUGGUCACAAAAAAUUAUUGAAAAAUUGGUGCAACAUCGAGAGAGAUGUGAUGAUGGUGAUCAGCUUUACUUGUCAGUUAAUGAUCUCAGCGAAGAAACAAGCAUACGGAAGGAAGAUAUAAUAUCAACUUUACAACAACGAAUUAUUGGACGCAUAUCGAAGAAGGCAGCAAAAGCGCCAAGUACUCAUAUGGAACCUUUUGGGUUUAAUCAUUUACGAGUCGGGGAAGCGGUGGAUAUGGUACCUACAAUAUCUGGUCGAAAAUACAAAAAGAAGCUUUUAGAUGUCUCAAAGUUGACGAAAUUCCAGCAAUUAUCGAUGCAUCAUCUGUACUAUCCUGUGAAUACGCCUGUUUGUCAUUAUCAGAAGAAACUAAUUUUAGAUUCGAUAUACAAUAAUAUGUUGAUAGCACUCCCGAAAGAACUGGAUACUUUCUUCGUUAGUGCCGUUACUAUGCUCAAUUUUCACAGAUGGUUUCCGAUGCAAAAGGUAGUGUGCAUAUGCAAAAAUGUAGAAUCGUCGUUGAAUGCCACAAAAAGAUUUGUCGAAAUUACGGGUCAUUCACAAAGUAUUUGCAUAUAUGCUAAUUUGAAAAAGGGUGAUCGUUAUCCGAAAUGGAUUGAGCGGGACAUCAUAUUUGCUACUGCGGAGAGCCUCGUUGCUGAUUUCACAGGCAAAGAAGAGCUUUCAGAAAUUUGCUUGAUAGUUGUGGAGGAUGCUCACCGCGCUAUCUCUGGUUCCCAUCCCUUAUCUGAACUAAUUCGUAACUGUAUUCUUGAAAAAGCAAAGUUUCGUGUUUUGGCUUACACAGACUGCAAAGUGGACAAGGUCGCUCAACUGCAAUUAAUUGUGAUGAAUCUCCAAAUCGAUUUGAUUCGAUCAUUAAGCUCAAUAAGAGAGGAAGUUUCAUUAGCUAUCGCUUCUCCAAGGAUGUAUAAGCUCUAUAUAACUAUCAGUAGAAAUAUGCGUCGCCUUGGCAGUGAACUACUGAAAGUAAUGGAACCCAUUGCACUGUUACUAUGCGAAAGUGGCAUAUUUCCUACAAAUGAUAUAACGAAAAUUGUCAAUUUUUCAACAAGUUAUUUGCAAAAAACGAUACAAAAUGGACGAGACCAUCUGGCAGAAAUUUACUGCGAUUUUUUUGAACUUCUGUCAGCAUAUGACAUUUUGAUGUGCGAUGGUUUGAGCGCUUUUAGAAAUACUCUUCAAGGUGGCCAGAAGUCAACAGUAAUAGUGUUGUGUAGAGAUCGAGAUCCUAUGUUUGUCAACAGUCUUUUUCUGUCCAUUAAAGCGCAACUUUCUGACGACGAAUAUGGAUUUGCUUUUUUCCUCUUUAAAAGAAACGAUAAUCAAACAGAAAUUUCAGAAAAUGUGAUGAAGGAUAAAUUAUGCAAUGUUGUCGUUGUACCAUGUGGUUCGGACACAGUUGAAAUUAACAUCGGCUACAUAGAUUCCAUAAUUUGUAUGGAUGAAGGCCUGUGUACGCUUCGUUAUACAGGAAAUAUCAGAGUACGAUCAGAAGGAAAUCUUUCUGCUCUCUGUUCUGCAGGAUAUGAAACGAAUAUCUAUAAUUUCUUGACAGUUGAUGGAACCAUUGACUGUAUACAAGCAGAUCACAUCAAAGGUCUACAGUUGUGUAACGAUGUAUUGCCGAUGUUGCCAUUUAAUGUCGUACCUGAAAUUGUGGAGUACUGGGCUCAGAAUGUUGAUGACAGUGAAGGUUUGCUGACAAUGAUUCAACGUUUGGAUUUUCAAGAAAGACUUACUUUCAGCAGUCCAUUGUACAACAUAAAUUUGAUUGAGGACAACCGCAGCUUACUGGAUUAUUGUGUGAAGGAGACGUUUUUAUGGCAAGACCGUCUACAGCGCUUCUCAUUACUUGGCCAUAGUACUAGUGCUUCUAAUUUGGCAAAUAUUUUCCGUAGAGAUCCAAAAAUUUUGGCGGAACAAGUUCGAAGAUUACAAAAUAGGCAGAGAUUGAAAUGGAUGGACGAAGAUUCACAAGCAUCAAAAGCAGACGAAACAAAUUUAAUGGAAUUACAUUUGCAUGGAAUUAUAUACGAUCAAAAUUCAAAGAUGGAAUGCUCUGAAAAGUCAUCUAGUCAGAAACGAUUGGCAAAAGGGUCGUCCAGAAAAUAUGGCACGACAAAGAUACCGCGCUUGAACCGUAUCGAUUCAGCUAGUUUUACAUUAUUAAAAAUAUUGAAAACAGAGUUGACGGAAAGUGAUUUCAUUGACCGUGUGGAAGAACAGGACCGUUGUCGUGAACGUCUGGAGCGGAUAACUGAAAUCAUUCAAAAACUAAAUGACUUGAUAAGAUUAUGA